AUGGCGCCCAGAAUGGCUGCAACCGCCAAUGGGCAUAAUUCCAUGCCCAAAAGUCCUCCAAACAACAAUGUCUCACCCACAGAGACAUCACCUCCCCGACAACCCGACAUCUUCAACGCCAGCUCCGUCGCCGAGAUCAAAGCCACGCUGUCCCAUCUACACACCCAAGAAGCGUCAGUGACCGCCCGCCUCGAUGCCUUGGUUACAUCCCAGAAAGACUUCUCCCGUGAACUAGGCAGGCUGGAUCUGAUGCGCGUCAACAUCGGGACCCACGCCAGCACAACCCGCUCCAUCAGCCACGGGAUGCUCUCCGAAGCCGCCAGCACCGCCGAUCGGAUCUCCAGUGCGGUCCGCCGACUAGAUCUCGAGCAGGCUCGGGUGAAAGCCACUCUUGAAGUUGUCGAGCAAGUCGCCGAGCUCAAGGCGUGUGCGCUAGGCGUGGCGGGAUCGAUGGGUGCACCCCAGGACUGGGAGAAAGCGGCCAGCUACCUGCACCGCGCAGCGCAGAUCCCGGCGUCGGUCGUUAAUGGCGCGUUUGCUGCGGAGAUGGUUCCUACGGCUGAAGUGCCGGACCCGCCAAGUGUGACGCUGGAUAACGCGGCGGAGUCGCUGUGCGGGCUGUUCCUACGCGAGUUUGAGAAGGCGGUUAAGGAGAAUGAUGGAGCCAAGAUUACGCGCUUCUUCAAGCUUUUCCCGCUUAUUGGUCGCUCUGAGGUUGGACUUGAUGUUUAUGGUCGUUAUGUGUGCCAGGGCGUCGCGGCUAAGGCGCGGGCUAACCUUAACGGGGCUACCGGGGGUGCUCAGACUAAGGAUGGGUUCUUCUAUGCCAAUGCGCUUACCAAGCUGUUUGAGCAUAUUGCGCAGAUCAUUGAUAGUCAUGGUGGGCUCGUUGAGCACCACUAUGGGCCCCGCAAAAUGGGACGGGUCAUUGAACGGCUACAGGUCGAGGCUGAUGUACAGGGUGGUAUCAUUCUUGAUACUUGGAGCGACGAGCGACAUGUGGAUCGUAAACUGAUGGAUAUCAAAUCCUAUGCUUUCACUUUCUUGGUGCAGAGCUUCCUACCUGCGCAGCGAACAGGUCCGCCUCUCUCGCAAUCCCCUGCCAUGGGGGCGAGUGCUGCCGCCGAUGAAGAAGGGGUGGAUAUGAAAGAGAUCGACGGUGUCUUGAAUGAAAUGGCUAUUAUGUUGGGCCGGUGGUCACUGUACUGUCGGUUCCUGGCUGAUACCUGUAAUUCUUCGAGUGAGGACGGUGCAGACGACAAUAAGCGAGAGCUUCCCAGCUUCGUGCGAGAUUCGCCUCUGGCCCAAAAGAUCAACGAUCGUCUGGUGGCCCCCUUCAACGCAAUGACAACCUUCUUCUUCCGCCGCUCCGUCGAAAAGGCCUUCCAACUAGACGAGUCCCCAACAGGCCUCACGAUGAACCCCCAGCGUCCACUGAAAGCCGACCCACCACACAUCACCUCAGCGGUCGACGACAUAAUGUACAUCGUCAACAAAGUGAUCCAGCAAUCGCUCGCAACCUCCCAAGAAGCAGUCGUGACAAACGUAGUCCCAACCCUCUCACGGGUCCUCGGCUCCGAUUUCAUCGGCAUGACGCAGCGCAAGAUGCGCGACGAAUGCUACCCACGCGCCAUGCAAGGCGGUCUCCCCGCCGAACAAACCCUAAUCUCCUUCCUUGUUCAAAUCAACAACCUCGACCUAGGAGUCGACUACAUCCAACGAAUCGUGCAAAACAACACGGGUUCAAAACAACCACCUCCAACCGACACAACCAGCACCACCCCACAAACAAGCUCCCACCUCCUCACAAUCUUCUCCAACCCAAGCACCGCGCAAAAAGUGCAACAAACCCUCCAAACGCUCUCGACAACCUUCGAAAACAAAGUAACCGACCUCCUUACCGACGGAAUCCAAGUAAUCUUCAACAACGCCAUAAAACCCCGUCUCCGCCCCAUCCUCGCCGACACAUUCCGCGACAUCGAAUACACCCCGAACACAACCACAGACCCUGAAACCCCCAACUCAGCCUUCGAAAGCAAAGAACUCGUCAAGCCGCGCUUCACAUCCCUCUGGAACGACCUGUUGAUGCCCUACGCGCGCAUCCUCACGCCCUCCGCCUUCGACCGCGUCCUCGGCGUGACCCUCGCGUACCUGGCCCGUCUGCUGGAGAAGAGACUCUGGUCUUACGGGGCGCGGAUUAAUGCGCUCGGCGCGGCGAGGCUGGAGAGGGAUGUCGCGGGGCUUGUGGGCGCCGCUGUUGAUGUCGGGUAUGUCCCUGGGGCGCCGGGGAGAUAUAGAUAUCGCGAGUGCUUUGCGCGGUGUGUGCAGAUGACGCUUGUUAUGGGGAUGGAUGAGGAUGAGUGGGAUGAGGUUAGGAGGGGUGGGGAGGCGGCGGAGGUUGUUGAGAAGCUUGGGAGGGAGGAUUUGAUUAGGGUUAGGGGGAUGGUUAGGAGAUAG